AUGCCACGCUUUAGUGCCUCGGAGAGCUUCGCCUUCUCCGAGUGGCGGCCCACCGAAGCUGCCGCCGACAAGCUCGAGGCUGCCGCGGACAAGGCCAGCGCUGCACCACCGUGCGGAGGCGUGGUGCCGCCAGAGCUCCUUCAGAUGGGCGAGGCGGUCGCGGAGGCCUUGGGCCUGUACGCGCGGCUGGCUGCCGAGCGGCACGUCGGCGUCUGCUCACAUGUCCUUUCCCAGGCCUCGGCGCUGCUAUCAGAGAGGCCUGAACCGGCGCCGACGAGUCCAGCCUCUCUGCUCGACGCCCUGGUGGCGGAGCACGAGCGCGAGCUGCGCGACAAGGACGCGUACCACACGCGCUACGAGGAAUGUGCGGAGGAGCAGCGGCGAGCGCUCGUCAGCCGCGUGCUUGCGGUGGAGGAGAAGCAGGCCGCGAGCGACGCCACCGCAGCAGCCCUCCAACAGGCAAACGAGUCGAUCGCGCAGCUGCACUUCGCGGAGAGCCUUGGCGAGUUGCAGGCUUGUAUGGCGAGGUCGUCGCUGGGGACGGGUGGAGGCUCCUCAGCGGUCGCCGUCGCGAUGGCUUCCGCAGACGCUGGGGCCAAAGAGGCCCGUGGCUUCAACGGUGCCAGUGACUCCGAUGCCACGCGCCUCUCUGCAUCGUCUGACGAGGAGUGCAGGGCCGCCGACGAUUGCGCGACGGACAAGCCAGGCGCAGGCUGCCCGGUCCCUGUUCCGGUCGGUGCCCCUGCUGCCGAACGUGAGGGUGCAGCACAAGAGGAGACCACUCGGGCGGUGGCGCCACCCGCCCAGCUUCGAGAGAUCCGAGCAACGUCCUCUCUGCAAAGGCAGCCUCAGCCACAGGCGCCGCCAGCCCUUCCGCCUCCACAAGUGGUGACGCCAGCCCUUCCACCAAUGCCGCCAGCACGGCCAUUGCAACCGGCGGCGACGGCGUCGGUGGCGGGUCAGGCGCCUCCCGCACCAGCAGCGCCGCACGCAGCAGCGAGCGCAAGCAGCGCCACUGCUGCGCCCUCCGCUGCCGCCGCCAGCCGAUUGCCUGGCCAACUCGCCAUCGCUGGAGGCGUUGCCACGCGGCGUGCCCCCUCGAGCGCGUACGCCACGCCUCACGCGGCCAGCUCCCACACCGCCUCGCGCUUGCUCGCUGCCGGUGGCGACGGCGCAAAGACGCGGCUGCCGGAGGCCGCGAGCGCCUUUGAGUUCACCAACGGGCCCCAGCCCAGCGCACUCCACGAGCCGGUGGCCUCGAGCGCUGUCUCUGCCCCCGCACCGCCGCCGCUGGAGCUGGCUGUCGCGCUCUUUGGCCUCGACGACGCUCUCGCGACGUUGAUCAACCCUCCGGCGCGCAUGGCCAUGGCCGGCGCGCUGCCGGCGGCUGCAACGCCCUCGCCCGGCCAGCAGGCGCGGGUCCCCCAAAACAAGAAGAAGCGGCGGCGCGCCGGCCACGCCGUCUCUGCGCGGUCUGCACUCGGCCCCGUGCGCAAGCUCGACCUCUUCGCUGAGGACGACUGA